UUAUUUUGAAAAUCACUUCCAUGUUUGCAAACUAUAAUUCUUGCUCCUCUGUGAAAGGCAAUGAUUUGGAUGAGCCAGAAAAUAUCCUUUUCUAUUCAAGAGAGCCUAACUUCAAAGGGAAACAAAAUUCUUAUGAAUUUAAUGCUGAUAACUUGAUGCAUCCACAAGAUUUACAAAGCGAAUCUGAUAUAAAUUGGGAUGAGGCGUAUCACUCUCAGGACUCUUCAGGAAGUAACUCUAGGUCUUCAUUUGAGGCUUCUUGCGAAGACCUAAUAUAUAAUGCAGGAGGAGGCGAUGGAGAAGCUCAGCCAGCUCCUAGCCAAAAACUUUCUGUUUUGAAGAAGAACUCAGCCAGAGAGAUGAAAUGCAAAGGACUCUUUGAAGCUUUGGCCGACUCUAUGGAAAUUCUUAUUGAAUUUUACUACAAGCUCACAGGAAUUCUUGUUUCCUCCUUCAAAGAAGAUCUUCUGAACUCUUUUGCUGAACUUGAAGCAAAAGAUAAAAAUUUCAAGAAGAUCUUUAAGAAAAAAUUUAAUCCAAAAUAAGACAAGAAAAUGGGAAGACAAAGAUGCUAUUACAAAGAGCAUCGGGUCUUUUAUCAAAAAGUUCCCUAUUCUCCUGGUGGACAUGGAGGGAUACUUUCCUAAAAGAAACCAUAGUAACAGAAGUGACAAUGACUUCUUUGUAGCCUAUCUAAAGGUAUUCAUGCUCGAGUUUAUCCCAAUCUUUCUUGUUGAGAAGAGAAAAUUCGAGGAAGGUUUUGAUUCAUUGAUCCCUCACUCUCAAGAAAUGAUGGUGAAACUCUUCCUCGAAUUUAUUGUAAUAAGAUACCCAUCGAAGAGAGUUGAGUUCAUCCUGGAUUACUUUUACGAUAAUAAUUAUAUUGAUGAACAAGCCAAAGAAGACUUACUUUCACAAAAAGAGAUUAAGCCAUGCCAGAAUGUAAGACAGUUCAUUAAGUUCUCUGAGAGAAAUCAAUGCUUGAGACUGCUCAGAAGAAAAUCAAACUCUUUGUUUAACAAUAUCUGUUUGACAGAGAAGCAAAAGGGGAAGAUUCAUGAGCUCUUCUUAGUGUCUCUAGAUUAAGUCUAGGAACCUGUUGGAGCGCAUGUUGCCUUCUCUUUUGCAAGAUUCAUAAAAUUUACCUUACUGUAACA